AUGUCUACCAUCACUACUGUACCAACUGCUAUAACAGCUACUACCAGAACAACAUCCAAUGCUAUUACUGCUUCUGCAUCAUACCACGCAGCAGUAACAACCAAUGAUAAUACAGUGUCUACUGAAAUGGAUAAUCCUUCUCAAACAUCAACCACUACAAUAAUGGCUUCAAAUUCUGAAGUGUCUACAGAGGCAUCUACCAAUGCAGAAAGGUCUACAGCAAUUACAGAAAUAACAGCUGCUUCAGAAGUGCCUAGUGAAACAUCUACCAUCACAAAAAUAAUUUCAAAUGCUGCUGAUGCAACAACCACUACAAAAAUUUCUAGUGCUGCUGAAGCAUCAAGUAUUACAGAAAUGUUUACUGCUGCAGAAAUAACUACCGCUUAUGAAAUGUCUGUUGCUACUGAAUCAUCUAUAACUGCGGAAAUGUCCACCACUUCUGAAGUGUUUAUUGCAUCUGAAAUGUCGAACAUGCCUAUCGCUUCUGAAGUGUCUACUGCUGCUGAAACAUCUACCACUACAGAAAUGUCUAUUGCUUCUGAAGUGUCUGGUGCUGCUGAAGCAUCCAUAUCUACAGAAAUGUCUGUCACUUCCAUAGUGUCGAGUACUGCUGAAGCAUCCGCUUCUGAAGUGUCUAAAGCUGCUGAAGCAUCCAACUCUAUAGAAAUGCCAAUCGCUUCUGAAGUGUCUAAUGCUGCUGAAGCAUCCACUAUUUCAGAAUUAUCUACUACUUCUGAAGUGUCUAGAGCGACUGAAACGUCUAUUACAGAAAUAUCCACCGCUUCUGAAGUGUCUGGUGCUGCUGAAGCAUCCAUCACUGCAGAAAUGUUUGCUGUUUCUGAAGUGUCUAGUGCUGAUGAAACAUCCAGCUCUACAAAAAUGUCUGCUGCUUGUGGAGUGUCUAGUGCUGCCGUAACAACUACUACUGAAAUGUCUACCGCUUCUGAAAUGUCUAAUGCUGCUGAAACAUCUACUAAUAUAGAAAUAUCUUCUGCCGACACAUCUACUACAGAAAUGUCUACCGGUUCUGAAGUGUCUAGUUCUGCUGAGGCAUUCACUUCUACAGAAAUAUCUACUGCUUCUGAAGUGUCUAGUGCAGCUGAACCAUCUACCACUGAAAUGUCUAGUGCUGGUGAAACAUCUGCCACUGCAGAAAUGUCUGCCGCUUCUGAAGUGUCAAGUGCUGCUGAAACACCAACGAAAAUGUUUACUGCCGCUGAAGCAUCCACCUCUACUGAAAUAUCUACCACUUCUGAAGUGCUGCUGGACUUUACAGAAAGUCUCUGUUCUGUGGUACUGUUUCUGAAGUGUCUAGUGCUGCUGAAGCUUCCAACUCUACAGAAAUGUCUACCGCUUCUGAAAUGUCUAGUGUUGCUGAAGCAUCCAACUCUACAGGAAUGUCUACCGUUUCUGAAGUGUCUAGUGCUUAGAAACAUCUACAAAAAUCCUAGUGCAGCUGAAACAUCUACAGAAAUAUCUACUGCUUCUGAAGUAUCCAGUGCUGCUGCUAUAUCUACUACUGAAAUGUCUACCGUAUCUGAAGUGUCUAGUGAUGCUGAAACAUGUACCACUCCAGAAAUGUCUACCACUUCUGAUGUGUCUAAUACUGCUGAAGUGCUUGGUGCUGCUAAAACAUCUACUACAGAAGUGCCUACCGUUGCAGAAAUGUUUAGAACUGCUAAAACAUCUAUUACAAGAAUGUCUACCGAUUCUAAAUUGUCUAGUGUUGGUGAAGCAUCUAACUCUGCAGAAAUGUCAGCCUCUCCUGAAGUGUCUUAUGCUGCUGAAGCAUUUAGCUCUACAGAAAUGUCUAUGGCUUCUGAAGUGUCUAGUGCUGCUAAAAUAUCUACUACAGAAAUGUCUACUACUUCUGAAGUGUUUAGCACUGCUGAAACAUCCAACUCUACAGACACGUUUACCGCUUCUGAAAUUUCUAGUGCUGCUGAAGCAUCUAACUCUACAGAAAUAUCUACCGCUUCUGAAGUGUCUAGUGCUGCUGAAGCAACUACUAAUGAAUUGUCUAGUACUGCUGAAAUAUCUAAUACUACAAAAAUAUCUACUGCUUCUAAAGUGACUAGUGCUGUUGAAGUAUCCACCUCUACUGAAAUGUCUACCGCUUCUGAAGUGUCUAUGUUUAGCGCUGCUGAAGUAUCUACUGAAGUGUCUAGUGCUCUUAAUACAUCUACCACUGCGGAAAUGUCUACCGCUUCUGAAGUGCCUAAUGCUGCAUCAACCACUGAAGUGUUUAAUGCUGCUGAUACAUCUACCACUGCAGAAUUGUCUACCGAUUCUGAAGCGUCUAGUGCUGCUGAAACAUCCAUCUCUACAGAUUUGUCUCCCGCUGCUGAAGCAUCUGACACUACAUAUGUCUACCGCUUCUGA